AUGGCAUAUCCCACAGCCUAUCCUGGGCAAGCAGCACUAGAAUUCGCAAGAGUGCUAGGCCGCAAGCCUCGGAGAAAGGCAACCCACUAUGGUGCUCCACCAUUGCCAUCGGCCAGCAAAAAGAGGAAGCGAAACAAGGCUGCUUCUCCCGAGGAAGAAAAGUUCACCGACAGAGCAUUCCCAGAGGCUCCAGAUCAGGCCGACGAGGCUGAUCAGAUGCUGUACAAAAUGGGAGGCAGGCUGGAGAGGAACUGGGACGAGAUUGAGAAAAAGCGGGAGGAGAUGACUGGAGAGGCACCCGGAACGGGAACCAACGUCAAUCUCACGGCACGAUUCUUGUGGACAAUCAAGCUCAGUUGCCAUGACAAAAGUGUAUUCCACAAACACUUGACCGAGCUCAUGAAAGGAUGUCCCAAGUUAAGAGUCCUUGAGACGAUCCUUAACGAACAACUCCGCCGCACGGAUUUCCUCAAGCGCUCGGCCACAGCGGAACCCUCUUACCCUUAUCCAGAAUACACUGCAGAGUCUUGA